AAGUGCACGAUGUAAACCAAGCCACUAUCGAUCGAUUGAACUUCGAUGAGCAAUUCAGUGCGGUUAUCAGCGUACCUUUUUGCGUUUGUUUCGCAAUAUUUAACUUGUCAUAAAAUGACAAUUAUAUAUAGACCAGUAAAUCGAAUAUAAAGUUAUUAAGAAAUAUUAAUAACUGCAUAUUUCCAACUAUAAUACUGUAAGAUGGUAUUUCUGACACGGUUCUUAGGUUAUGCUAUUGUUACUAAAAAACUUCCCAGAAAAUACUUACGUCCUAACUUCAUUGAUACAUUGCGUGUUAAUGUUAGAGGAGGAACAGGAGGUUCUGGUCUCCCUCGGUUUGGUGGGAUCGGAGGUGCAGGAGGUAACAUAUACUUGGUUGCAAAACAGGGAGGAACAUUGGAGAAAGUGCUUCAGAAAUUAAAGACUAAACGAGUUGUAGCAGAGCAUGGAUGUAACAGUAAAACCAGAGGAAUUAUAGGUAUAGCUGGUAAAGACACAAAUAUUCAUGUUCCAUGUGGCAUUUCUGUAUACAAUGAGAAUAGAACAUUGUUAGGAGAGUUGAACGAGGAAGGAACAAAACUAUUAGUAGCAAAAGGUGGUAUAGGUGGAUGCGAAGAGACAGGUUUUUGUGGUGUGAAAGGAGAAAGUCAGACAAUAACAUUAGACAUGAAACUGAUCGCUGAUGUUGGACUGGUCGGUUUUCCCAAUGCUGGCAAGAGCACAUUCUUGGCAGCAGUUUCAAGUGCCAAGCCUAAAAUCGCUAGUUAUCCUUUUACUACCAUAAGGCCAAGAUUAGGGAUCAUAAAAUAUAAAGAUUACAGGCAUAUGAGUGUUGCUGACUUACCAGGUCUAAUUGAGGGUGCACACGUAAAUAUCGGGAUGGGCCACAAGUUCUUAAAGCAUAUCGAAAGGACCAAGUUGCUCUUGUUUAUCGUAGAUAUACAAGGCUUUCAAUUAUCGCCCAAGCACAUUAGUAGAUCCUGUCUGGAAACUGUGAUCUUAUUAAUUAAGGAAAUCGAACUCUACAAACCGGAUCUACUGAGAAUGCCAGCCGUGCUUUUAGUCAAUAAAAUGGACACUGAAAAUGCUGAUAAUAUCUACAAAGAAGUUAAACCAAUGCUAGAGAAUUUAACCAACUAUGUAUCUACAUGCCCUGAAGAAAUACAACCUGGACACGUGAUACAAUUCGAGAGUAUUUUGCCCGUAUCUUUGCUCUUGAAAAAGAAACACGAGAUAGAAACGAUCAAAGAACUGAUAAGAAUGACCUUAGAUAAGUACGAGCAACGCAAACAAAUGGCCCAGCAUAACGGUAAUCAAGAUUUGGACUUAAUAAAGAGAAUAAAGCGGCAAAAUAAACAACAUGCACCGACUGUUAUAUAAAUUUGUACACACACACACACAAUAAAAAAAUUUUUGAAACACAA